AUGCGUCGAGACCGCGUGAGAGGGUCCGCGUGUAAGACAUUGAGACCGCACCGCGACGCGGCCGUUGGGGGAACGUUCGCGCGGUCGCAGAGCGCGUCGACGACGACGAUGUCGUCCACGCCCGCGGGCGCGCGCGCGCGCGAUGGAACCAUGGAUGAGGGAACGGUGAAGACGCCGUCGUCGAUUUUGAAGCGACGGUCGCGAACGACGCCGUCACCGGCGCCGAUGAGCGAAAACGGCGCGCGCGGCGCGCGCGCGAGCAGACGCCUGUCGGCGAGACGGGAGUCGUUGGCGAGUCAGGAGAUGGGGACGCAGGAGACGGAGAAUGUUGCGAAACAGUCCGAGUUCGAAAAGCGAAAGAAGCGUAGGCAGAGCGUCGGACGACGGGUUUCGUUCGCCGAUCCCGCGACGCUGGAGAGCGUGCGCGAGUUCAUCAAGGAGGAGGAGGAGCGAGAGGCAAGUGCAGAGUCGUACGGCGUCAACGAGAGCGAGCAUGAUGGAAUUCCGGCUGGAUUCGGCGCCGUGGAGGAGGUGAGCGUGGAGGUCGUGACGACGCGCGAAGAGAGAGGCGAUCGCACCGAGACGUUUGAAUUCAAACCCGCCGAGGGAACGCUGACGCCGAACAUCGCGCACGCGUCGACGCCGUCGCCGUUGGACGACCCAGAUGCGGUGGAUUUCUCGUUAUCCUCGCCGUAUAGCGCGCAGCUGAACAGCGAGGGCAAGCACACGCCGGGUAAGAGACGCUCGAGCAUAGGUCGCGUGGGGACGCCAAACUCCGCCGACAGAACGGGCACGUUCACCUUCAACGCGUCGCAGAACAUGGACGACGUCACAGCGGAGGUGCCGACGAUGGGCGCUCUCCUUGACGCCGAGGUUACGGAGAAUAUCACGGGGACGGUUCCGUCGCUGGCGAAUCUGUUGAGCGCGGUUGAGUCUCCGCUCGGGUACAGACCAACGCCGCCGCCGCGUGUCAGGCCAGACUUCACCGAGGAUAUCACCGGUGGCGUACCUUCUCUCGCCGCACUUGCCGAUGAGGACGAAGAGAAUGCAGCGACCGCGUCCGGACGAUCGGUUGCGCACGACGGCGAGAUGGACAUGGAUACGGGCAACACCACCGAUGGGCUUCCCGCAUUUGAUCCCUUGGAUGACGCCACGCAGCGCGCCGUCGAUCAGGCGCACGCGAGCGCGCUGGACUUGGCGAACACGGUGAUGAUGGAUGAGGCGACGCUCGUGUUCAGCGUGGGAGCGCCGACGCCGGUCGCGGCGCCGACGCCUUCGUUGACGUUCGCGUUUGACGACAAGAAGGACACUCGCGCAAGCGAAGGAGCACCGCCCGCGUCCGCGAACACGCGUCCGUUCAACUUGACGGAUUCGACAAAUCUGGAUUUAGAAGGUCAGGCCAAGGAUGGCAUGGGUACUGACACUUUCAACUACAUCUACGGCGGCAACUCCAACGCCACCGCGACAGGUAUGUUGGCCGCUCACCAACCGACUGUGGACUUCCCUACGGCCGAAGUCGCGGGUCUCAACGCUCAAGGUAGCGUCGAUGCGACUCCCGCAAAUGUAGGCGGCGUGGUAGCGACGCCGAACACAGACGGUUCCAUCGCGAGCUCGCACGACGGCUUCACUCCGGGUGACGAGUCGUUGCGCAUGGCUGAACUCUUGCGCCAGAAGAAGCACGGCGACGAGGCGUUGAUGAGCAUGAGAAAAGUGUAUCAAGAUCGCACGACGCCGAUGGAUCGUCGUUACGGUGCUCCGCCGCCGAUGCACGCGUUCACGCCUUCGAGGACGCUCACCAUGGGUGGCACCAACUUCAUGAACUUCGCUGGCACUCCGGGCGCGGCGAUGCACAACCCGCUCUUCGGAACGCCCGGUGGUCACACUGGCACCAUGAGCGGUCUUCCGUUGAUUCCGGACGCUUUGAUGUCCUCCAAGCCGAUCGAUUUGGAAACGUUCUUUCACGCUUGCGAGGUUUCCUUCAUGGAGGCGAAGAACAUGGGCCGACGCUCGUCUAUCGCGUUGGGAGGUUUGGCCAGCGCACCUCCUCCUGAGACGCAACCGGAAGCGUUGAGGCUCUGCUGCCUCACGGCACCGCUGAUUGAAGCGCUCGAGGGAUUCCACACGGAACUUCAAGAGCGAAUGGAACAAUUGACGUCCGAGACAGACAAGUUGCGCACCACAGUGGAAGCGACGCAACCACCGUUACUGCGAUACGCUUCUUCGGAUGAUCCGGCGCACUUGAACGAGCUUCGACGCGCUGGCAAGGCGUUGAAGAAGGAGUGCCAGCUCGCGUCGAAGGAGAGGUUUGCGCAGCAAAAGAUGGAAACGGAGCAGCUUGUGAGCGAAAGCUUGAACUUCCACAGUGAGAUCUUGGUGAAGAGUUCGCAGAGCAUUGCGAACUCACGUGCGAUCGCGGCGGAGGCCAUCUCCAGCGCGAACGGACACAUUAUCAAGCUUAGAGCACAACGAGCGGCGAGCUCCAGGCGAGCCGACGCGGCGAAAUCCGCCUCGGCCACGAAGGAGCAAGUGCUGGAAGCGCUGGCAAUCAAGCGUGCCGCGCUCGCCGCGGCGCGUCGGGCGCUGACGGCUAGUGAUGAGCGAGUGGAGCAAAUGAAAGGGCGUAAAUUGGUUAUCAAGGGUGAGCGCGAGCGUUUGCAAGAGGAACUCGAAGCCAUGAGAGAGGCGCAAGAUGCGGCGGCGGAUACGACGGUGAACAUCAAGUCGUUCGGCGGCGUGGAUGUGGACGACACUCCCUCUCGACUGAGAAGAGCGAGUCAAGUGCGCCUUCGCUCCAAGGCGAAGCAUGCGGAGGGUGCCAGCGAAGAGCUUGGUGUGCUCAGCGGUCUCGCGCCGUGGCGAUUGGAGGGUGUCGGUGGUCCAGCGGGUGCGGAGUUGACCAUUAGAGUCGGUUCUCUCUUCCAGGUCACUCUUGAUGCGAGCACCGGUGCCGGUCGUGUGACCGUGAUUGAUGGCCCUGAGAUGACUCCUAAGGGAGGGCGCCAGUUUGCAGCUGCGUUGGCUGGCGCACCAAUCGCUUGGGGCGAAGAUGCGGUGCCAGCUGGUGGUGUUGCUGGUGUCUUGCAAGAGCUCGCACCGAAGCUCGCUCGAGCCGAGCGAGUUCUGGACGAGACUGAAGGGUGCCGUAACGAGUUUCCAAGGUUGAAUAGGAUCAACUGCAGUGCAACUGGCGUACUCGAGCUCACGUUUGUCGAUUUCGUAAACGAGCGUCUUUUCAGUGUCAAGUUGAACAUGAUGGGAGGCGCCUAUCCGUACGGUUCACUGAGCCCUGAGGUGACGGUGCAACUCACCGGUAAGAAGGGCGUGAGCGAACUGCCGAGCAUUGACGCGAUUCGACGCGCGGUCAAUGCCGUACCGGUCGGUCCCCGUCGGUUGACAAACGUCUGCCGCAUCUUAGAUUCCAUAGUAAGCACUGGGAAGAACGCGUUGACGUCCUUCGCGACGAUGCCCGCCCCAGCGCCUAGAAGGCCCUCAGUCGCGCCCUCACUGCUGUAUGCUCGUUAG